AUGGGACCUCAAUGCAAUGAGGAAUCAUGUUCAAAACGUAAUAAAAAAUGUAGUCUCUUCAGUGAUGGUAAAAGACAAGAGAUUAUGCAAGAUUUUUAUUCUAUGGGAUCCUUGCAAUUACAAAGAGAGUACAUUGCAAGGUACAUCAAAAUGGAAGAAAUCAAACAAAAAACUACACAAAAAGAGGUAUCUCGAAGAAAUAAAAGAAAUUAUUACUUUCUUCCGUUAGACGGCGACGAACUACCAGUUUAUAAAACAUUUUUUAUUAAUACUCUGACAACGACAGCAAAGACUAUAAGUACAACAUUAUCAAAGAAAAGUACAACUGGAAUUAUAGAAAAAGAACAGAGAGGAGGAAGGUAUAAGUCACAAGUCGAUAGAAACCUUCAAUUAAUUAAUGGAAUUACCGAACACAUAAAUAAAUUUGGAAGAGUUGAAUCUCAUUAUUGCCGUCAAAAUUCAACUCGUGAAUAUCUACAUAAAAAUCUUAGUCUACUAAAGAUGUUUUCCAUGUGUCUAGCAGAUGAAUCAGGACCCCUAAUGAAAGGAGCUUAUUCUGUGUACCGCAAAGUAUUCAAAUCUAUGAACCUAUCCUUUCACCGACCCAAAAAGGAUCAAUGCAGCCUUUGUAUGUCAUAUAAUAAUGGCGAUGAAGAAAAAAAAGGAGUUAUCACUAGAAUAUAA